AUGAACAAAUGUGAAUUUUUUAGGCAGUUCUUCUCCUAAAAAUGCUUACAUUAACUUCUCGAAAAAGUGGAGUUUAAGACCUUUUAACCUGGGAUUAUAAUUGAAAAUAAUGAUCUUAAUAUAUUCAUUAUUGAAUAGGGUUUAGUUGAAGUUAAAUAAUAAAAGGUAAAGAGAUAAUUAUGUUAUUUGAAGGAGAAUGAUUAUUUUGGUCAUUUGGAAAUGAAAAGUAAUUAAUCAUCCUCUUUGCAAUACAAGACAGCAUCGUUUUGUAGUAUUCUGAUAAUUCCCAAUAAAGGAAUAAGGGAAGUUUUACAAUAAAAUGAAGUUGAUUAGGAGUAAUAUUUGAAAAUGAAAGAAAUUAUGUAUUGUUAUAUCUGCUAAAAUAAACAUCAUUCUAGUGAUGAUUGUCAUCUGGUUCACUUUGUACCAGACAAGGAAAAGGUCAUAAAGCAAUACAAUUUCAUUCAGAACUAAUGUCGUGACUUUUAUAAACGAUAAAGACACAGACAUCAUUUUUCUGCCUCCUAAGAUUUUGAACUGAUCUCUAAUAGUGCUAAGAUUUAUCAAAUAGAAAAUGAUCAAAUCAUAGAAUAAAUAGUUCCUAGUUUAUUUUAUGAGUAAAAGCAGUAAAUUCAAGGAUUCGAGGAUUGCUUAAAUCACGAGAAAAUUAAUUUAAGUGAUAGCAAUUAUAGGCAAAGCAAAUAUUUAUGUAAAGCUUCGGCAUCUAUAAAGAUGCUAAGAACACAGACUAUUGAUAUUUUGAUGAAUGAUUAUGGUACGAAGGAGAUGUAUGAGUAAAUUAAAUAGAAAUAUUUAAAUAUCCAUAAAUACACUCAGUAAUAAUAACACGAUCUCUAAUUGCUUUAUAAGUAGUUGACAAAUAAGCGAGAGGAUGAUACGGAGAUUUGCGAUAAGAUCCACAACUUAAGGUGUAACAAGGAUUGGAAUUUGGAGAAUGUCAUUCGGAAGAUUAAUAGAUGCUACAGAUAGGAGUUUCACUAAGCGGUGAUAGAACAAUUUCAGAAAUAUAUGUUGUUUCCGAAUUUGUUUGUAUCUUUGUAUAAGAGUAAGAAAAUAAGAACUUAGGAGGACGAGGAAAGGCGGAAUGCAUCGGUGAUCAUUCAAUAAUAUAAAUAAAGUAAAUUUGUGAAUAUAAUCUAUAAGAUCUGA